CUCCUUGGCUGGGACGUCAGGUGCAGGCCACGUGCAGGUUACAGGACAGAACGAAAAUAUUUAAAGUAAACCGCGUGGUAUUUGAUUUGUUCCUUCGUGUAACACCGGUACUGAAAACUUCGUAGUUUUAUAAAAUAACUUACUCAGAAAUUCAUUCAAAGAUGAAACGGAAAGCGAAGAAUUUGGACACAGGCAGCACAGGUGCAGAAGAUGAUGUCGAGGAAACGGCAAAUAAUCAAAAGAAAAAAGUAAAAUUCGAGAAGCCCUUAAAUAAUAACGCAGCUAAAUAUCCAAAGGCCUCGUUUGCGAAGAAAAAUUCAAAGGGAAAGGACUGUAAAGUAGCGAAACACAAUGAAACAAAAGAGAAGAAAGAUUGGCUGAAGCUGAAAAAGGAAAAGAAAGAACUCCGAGAGAAACGCAAGGCUAAGAAAGUGAAUGACGAAACAGUGUACGAUAAAAUCGUUCAAGCCAAACAAAUCAGCGAAAAGCUACGCAGAUCCGACUGCAAGUUGCAGGACCGCCUCACGCUGACUCGAACGCUGCACGAGAUGCUGGAGACUCAUUACAGCAAAGUCAUGUUCUCGCACGAUAUGUCGAGAGUGGUCCAGUGCAUCGUCAAGCACUGCGAGAUGGAUACGCGGCAAGCGAUAUGCCACGAGAUGAAACCGCACAUCGUGCAGAUGUUGGGGUCGAAGUAUGCGAAGAACUGUGUGAGGGCCGUGUUGAAAUAUGGCUCGCGAGAGAUCAAGAACAUUGUCAUCUCUGCAUGCUAUGGUAACGUCGUCAAGCUGAUGAGCCACGCUGUAUCGGCGCCUCUCGUCGAGUUCACGUAUUCCACUUGGUGCACGGAUCGCGACAAGAUGUACUUCAAACAGGAAUUUUAUGGGAACCUGUACAAGCACGUGAAGGUCGAGAGCGUCAAGUCGCUGUCGGACGUGUUCAAUAACGCAGAGUAUUUGAGAUCAGCGACGUUGUCCCUCGUGAAGGCAAACCUAGUUCGAAUCCUAAAUAAGAGUCUCGUCAACUCCAGUCUGGUGCACGCGGUUACGUGGGAGUUCCUCGAUGCGUGUUCGGUGGAGGACAGAAGCGAGCUGAUUGUUAUGCUGCAAGAUUUCAUUGUGACUCUAUCGGAGACGAAAUUCGGAGCGAGAGUCGCCGCGCAGUGUAUAUGGCACGGUAACAGCAAGAGCAGGAAAAGUAUCCUGAAAGCGCUCAAGGAGAACGUGAAGACUGUCUCAACAUCCGAAUAUGGUUACGUGACCGUGCUGGCGCUCCUCGAUUCCGUGGACGACACCGUUCUCGUGAAAAAGAUAAUAUUGUCCGAACUGCAGCAGGAUCUAGUUGACAUCGCGUUGAACGAGUAUGGGAAACACGUUAUAUUGUACCUCGUGGCCAGGCGAGACUCUCACUAUUUCUCGCCGAGUAUCGUGGAUUAUUUGCGCCAAGGCGAUAACAACGUGAUAAGCAAGAAACCGGUCGACAUCAGGGAGAAGGAGCUCCUCGAGGCGGUACGCGAGCCGCUUCUCGACGCCGUAAUCGCGGACACGGCCACGUGGUUGUCCACUGGCGCCAUAGCCAUGGUUACUCUGGCGAUACUGAAAGUGGGAUCCGGUGAGAAACUGAAGUCCGCGUUCGAAUCGGUUGCCAGAAUCGUCAGCGGCGUAGAUUCGAAAAUCAAAGAAAAUGAGAACGAGUGUAAUUUGGUCGAACAUCCAGGACUGCAUAUAAUGUUGAAGAAACUCAUCCAGAACGACAAGGAAUUGCUGAAGAGACAGGAAUCUACGUUUGGUGAAAUACUAGUGUCACACUUAACUGCAGAGGUGCUACAAAAAUGGAUAGGAUUCAACAGAGCUUGUUUUUUAUUAAUUUUCCUUGUAGAGAAUGAAUCUGAAAAUAUUGUACAUACUUUGUUGUCCAAGCUAAAACCAUUCGAAGAAAAUCUCAAAUCGGAGACUAGUUCUGGAGCAUCGAUAUUGUUAAAAAAAUUGAAAGCAAAUGAAAACGCGUAAUGUAGAAUGUUAUGCGGCGAAACACAACGACCAAUCCAUAAAAUGUACAUAAGUAUGCUACAUUCAAUAUUGAGAAUCUAGGUUUUUUGAAAAAAAAAAACUUAAUUUUAAUAAAAUAUUUCAUAGGAUGAA